AUGGACUGGGUAGAAACGAGUCGAGAAAGCACUGGCCUCCGUGGGUUAGCGGAAACAGAAUCCGCGGCUGCGUGGCAAAUUUCUGCUGACAACAGCAGCAGAGCACUGCCGCUCUCCCUCCCGCGCUCCUGUCCUGCGCCACGAGUUUCUAUCGCACAGUGGUCGCGGGGUUUGAGCGAAACACGCACACGGCGUCUGCCAAGCAUGGGCGCAGGCGACAUCUUUCUCUGUCGCACGCGUCGCAGAAGAGCACUACUCCCUGUCGCAUCCGUCGCCUCAGCGAUUCUGUCGCUUCUGCUCGUCGCCUGUCUCGCUCCAUCGUCCCUGUCCAUCCGCGAAGCUCGGUCCUUCUCCUCUUCCGCCACUUCCGCCCAAGGACCCGCGCGCGCCCUCUACAUCGUGCAUCUCCGCUCCGCCCCACCCAUCGUGUCCUACCGCGGCGGCAUCCCCGGCUUUCCGCCCAUCGCCCCCCCACAACCCUCCGACUCUGGUUCGGAGACGGGUGAUGAGGAGGGGGGUGACACGGGGGGGGACCCAUCAGGGAAUGCAGGCGGAGCAGGAGGUGCAGGGGGAACAGCGGGAUCAGGGGGAGCAGGGGGGGCAGCAGGAGCAGCGAGAGCGGCAGGAGCGGGAAGCGCGCACGGAGUUACCGCGAGUGCGAAUGGGGGGAAGCGGCGGCAGUGGCGGGUGAACCCGCGGCUUCCGCACGUUCGCGCGUUCAAGCGCAUGCUGCAGCGGCAGCAGCGCCUGGUGGCCGCUCAUGUCGGCCUCCGCGCCGAGCAGCUGCUGUAUAGCUACGCCUUCGCAGGCAACUCCUUCGCGGCGCUGCUGUCCCCGCAGCAGGUGUGGCGCCUGUCACGCCACCCAGCAGUGGCAGCAGUGCGGGGCAGCGCGGAGGUGCGCGCGCUCACCACCGCCACGCCCGCGUUUCUCCAGCUCCCGCAGUCGCUCUGGGCCGCCGCGGGCGGGGAGGGCAGCGCGGGGGAGGGCGUGGUGGUGGGGGUGGUGGACACGGGCAUCUGGCCCGAGCACCGGUCCUUCGCCAAUGACGUGCACUCUGGGUGCUAUUCAUUCAAGCAGAGAAGCCCGUCCCUUGUGAGGCGCCUCAAAAGUCACAAGCAGAGAAGCCCGUCUCCAUCCUUCUCCCCUCUCUUCCUCCCCGCCCUCCCCACCAUCCAUCGCUUCCCUCCCUUCUUCACUCUCCCUUCUCCCUCCUUUUUCCCUCUCUCUGGCCCCUCUCAACCCAUCGUCCCAUCCCUCCUCCCCCUCCCACCGUUCUCCUCCCCUCUCAUCCCUCCCCCCUUUUCCCCACCCACCCACUUACUCCCUCCUCUCUUCCCCGUCGUCACCUCCUCCACCAGUCAUCCACGCCCUACAGUCCCCCACCCGCGUCCUUCAACGGGGCCUGCCCCUCCUCCCACUUCCGCCCUCGACUCUAAAGCAGACGUGUCAAGUUUCUUCUUCCCCCAUCCCCUUCGCUCCUCUCCCCCCCACCAGUCGUCCGCGCCCUACGGCCCCCCACCUUCAUCCUUCAAAGGGGCCUGCCCCACCUCCUCCGACUUCCCCGCCACUGCCUGCUCCGGCAAGCUUGUGGGCGGCGGCAGCUUCCGGGCGGCACUCGAGGCGGGCGGCACGAGGAUUGACUGGACGCGCGAGUACGCGUCGCCCAGAGACGCUGUGGGGCACGGCACGUGGUGCGCAGGAGCGGCAGCUGGCAACGGCAACACGGCAGCACAGGUCUCUGCCACGCAGUCCCUCGGCAGGGCGAGCGGCAUGGCGCCGCGGGCGCGCAUAGCCAUGUACAAGGUGCUCUGGCGGGUGGCGGGGGGGUACGGCUCAGGCAACUACGCGGACCUCUUUGCAGCCGUGGAUCAGGCCGUAUCCGAUGGUGUGGAUGUGCUGAGCCUGUCCCUGGGCGGGUACAACCCCUCGGCUACGUACUUUGAUGACCUGCCGUUCCUCCGCGCCUUUGAGGCAGGAAUAGUCGUGGUGUUUGCGGCGGGCAACGCCGGCCACAACCUGCCACUUCCCUUUGCGCGCACUGUCUACAACUUCUUCCCCUACUACAUCACCGUUGGAGCCAGGUAA